ACUAAAUCUCUCUCUCUCUCUAAAUUCGAGGAGCUUCUUUCCUUUCUAGCAAAGCGACGAGUCUGAGAGAGAGACAAAGGCGCUCACAUCUAGAUCUCAUCGCAAUAGUGGUGAGCUGCUCCUUUUAAUCUAUCAGAUCUCUUCGCUCGUUCACACCAUCGGCAGAAUCUGCCUCAUCCGGUUGCUGUGAAACAUCAUAUUCAGUAUGUGGAGACUCAAACAGUUCAUGCCAAAGGAACAAACAGGACUUGAAGGCAGGACCAUUGACAUUGGUAAUCUGAAAGUUCAUGUCCGCAAUGCUAUUGCUGAAGGUGGGUUCUCUUGUGUUUACCUAGCUCGAGAUGCACUACAUGGUUCAAAACAAUAUGCCUUAAAGCACAUCAUAUGCAAUGAUGAUGAAUCGUUGGAUCUUGUGAAGAAAGAAAUAAAUACGAUGAAAUCUCUCAGAGGACACCCAAACAUUGUUACCCUAUGUUCUUAUACCAUUUUGGACAUGGGGAGGACAAAAGAAGCACUUCUUGUGAUGGAGUAUUGCGAGAAGUCCUUGGUCAAUGUAUUAGAAAGCAGAGGAGCUGGGUAUUUUGAGGAGAAACAGAUUUUCAUCAUGUUUAGGGAUAUCUGCAAUGCCGUCUUCGCAAUGCACUGCCUAUCUCCACCUAUUGCUCACAGAGACUUGAAGGCUGAAAAUCUUCUGCUGGGUCCUGAUGGAUUGUGGAAACUAUGUGAUUUCGGAAGUAUAUCCACCAAUCAUAAGCGGUUUGAAAAGCCUGAAGAAAUGGGCAUUGAAGAAGAUAACAUCCGCAAGCACACAACCCCUGCCUAUAGAGCUCCCGAGAUGUGGGAUCUAUUCCGGAGAGAGCUUAUAAAUGAAAAGGUUGAUAUUUGGGCUCUUGGGUGUCUCCUAUUUCGUAUAUGCUACUUCAAGUUGGCAUUUGAUGGGGAAUCAAAGCUACAAAUUUUGAAUGGGAAUUAUCGGGUUCCAGAUUUACCAAAGUACAGUACUUCCAUCACGGGCUUGAUUAGAGACCUUCUGCAAUCAUCACCAGAUGCCAGACCAGAUAUCACGCAGGUAUGGUUUCGUGUUAACAACUUAUUGCCAGAAGGACUACAGAAGUCAUUGCCUGAUAGAACACCGGAAGUGAACAAGCCAGCUACUGAGAUGCAUGAAGGUUCUCCAAACAACACUACUCAUAAGAGUCAACAGCCAAUGCCUAGAAGAAGUCCACCUCCCCCACCAUCAUCUUCAGUUAACACCGGUGGAAGUGGAGGACAGCUAGGAGCUUUCUGGGUAACAGAUCAUGCAAAGGAAUUAAACAUAACUGACGACAACAGUAAGCCCAAAUUCGACGAAGAUCAGAUAAUUCCAAAAUGGGAUGCUUUCCCUCAAACAGUUAUCAACCCAAAUGUGCAAUUGCAAGAAGAUGGUCUUUCCAAAAAAGAAUUCGAAGCAAAACAUUUCAACAUCAUGAAAUCAGGGAAAGAGGAAGAGUUAGAAGUUGAGAUUGAGAAACUGAAGAAACAGCUUAAACAAGCUUAUGCGGACAAGGAUGAGAUUCAAUCGAAGUUUGACAAGUUAUCAGCUAUAUGCCGUUCGCAGAGGCAAGAGUUGCAGGAGCUUAAACAAGAGCUAGCCAGUCGAACUCCUUCUCCAAAUACAAUAACUGAUUCUUCCAAAGAUGAAAUAUCACCGCCUCCGAUUGAAGGUACGGUUUGGGAACUCGAAAAAGGAUUAGUUCAUAACACUUCACCGAUUCCUGACCAGAAGCCAUGGAAAGCGGCAAAGUUGCCCGUCGCCACUUCAACAAACAAUAAUAAUAAUAGUAGUAGUAUUUCCAAAUCCGUGAGGACUAGGAACGACAGUAGUGCUCUUAAUAAUAAUAAUACUAAAAGGGGACAAGAAUCGUGGGGAUUUGGAACAGAAUCGUCCUUUACUGCUUUACCAGGUGGAUCGCCAAAUCUCUCAAAGCAGCAUAUUAUUAAGGAUUCAAACAAUUCUCAACGAUCUAGCGAAUCAAAGAAACCCGAAAGUAGCAGUUUGGCAGCUUCUUCACAACCAGCUGGGUGGGCUGGUUUCUAAAGAGAUGAUAUGGCUGGUAUGUACUUUCUCUUUUUAUAAUAUGAUGUGCAAUUACUUAUUACUGUUUUGUUUUAUGUUGAAAUUACUGAAUUUUGGUAUUCUUCUAAGUGUCUUGUGUUUGUUUUACUAUGAAAAAUACUUUGGCUGUUAUUUAUAUGUAUUCCCUGGUUUGAAAUAUUUGUGGAUUAUUAUGGAACUCUGAAUAUUUGCAGCCUAUGAAUUUCAGUUUCUUUCAAUUUUC